AUGUCACGUGACUCCACAGACAUCCCUGUUGACCAGGAGCCCCCCACUGCCCAUUACGAGCUCAAUGGAUCCAUCGGCGAGGGCUCCUUCGGCAACGUGGUGGUGGGCACGCACAUCCUCACGCCGACGCAGGUGGCCGUGAAAGUCAUCAAACAACAGGUCUCCGACAAGACGCGCAGCUCUCUCCUGCAAGAAGCCCGCUGCAUGGCAGACCUGCAGCAUCCUAAUAUCGUGCAGCUGUUCCACGGGAUCAUCGCGGAGGAAUCCCUCUACCUGGUCAUGGAGUUCGUGCCCGGAGGGGACAUGAUGGACUACCUCAGGGACAACGGCCGCAUGUCGGAGGACACGGCCCGCGGUGUCUUCCGGCAGCUGGUGUCAGCGGUGCACUACUGCCACGAGAAGGGCGUCGCUCACAGGGACCUGAAGCCAGAAAACGUGCUGCUAGACUCCCGCAUGAACGCGACACUUGUAGAUUUUGGACUUGGCGCAUCCUCCAACAUCCAUCAGCUCAGCAAGUUUUGCGGCACUUUCAUGUAUACAGCCCCAGAAGUGUUCCUGGGCAAAACGUAUGACGGUUGUGCUGCGGACAUCUGGAGCCUGGGCAUGCUGCUCUACAAGAUGCUGACGAACAUGGUCCCUUUUGAUACAACGAGCUGGCCAGUGCUGAUGAUGAAGAUACGCAGCGGGCAGUAUUUCGUGCCAACCUAUCUGUCCACUCAAGUGGCAAACCUCCUGCAGAAACUGCUAAACCUCCACCCUAGACAGAGAGACAAUCUGAGGGACAUCAUGUCAGAUCCCUGGAUAAACAUGGGCCAAGAGGAAGAGCUGAAGCCCUACGUGGAGCCACCCAGUGAUGUAAUAGACACUUGGGUAAUGGAAGAAAUGGUGAACCUGGGCUUUGGAGAGGAAGACAUCAAGAACGCAUUGGUAAAUAAAAUAUACAACAACAUCCUGGCCACAUACCGCAUUUUACACAGAAAAAACUUAAAAUACCAGCACCGUAUAAUCAAGGUGAAGCCCUUCCAUCCCCCUGAGUUCCAGAGCCGCAGCCCCUCCCCAGCCCAGGAGGUUCAAUCCGAGUUGUCCGGUUGUCAGCAAGCAGAGCAGCUUCCUAUGGACCACGAGCCAGGAGAGAAGGCCGAAGAGUCUGCCGGUCCUACAUACACCCAGGAUUACAGCACAGCCAUUUCUCAGUCCAGGACCACCCUACCCCCAUCCAGGCCAGGCUCCAAGACCGCCAUUCCUGAGCCCAGCCGGAAGUCUAGGAACGCCACCCCUGAGCCCCCCCCUCCCAAGCACUGCUGGGGCUCCAGGACCUCCACUCCCGAGCACAGCCAGGGCUCCAGCCACAGCACCACCAGCAGCCGUGGAAACCAACAAAAAAUCAAGCCGCGCCGGCGGCAGGUGGGGGCGCCACCGCGCACGGCCGGCGGCUGCGACGACAGGGCCUCUCUGGGAGAAGAGGAAGAAACCAAAGAGACGGGGAAAGGAAGUUGCGGUGGCGCUCCGCCCUGCAGUCCGCGAGACUGA